UGGUGGGAGGCGUUUCAGGUGGACGCGAUGCACAUCCGCCCUCGUUCUUUAGUUCUGUCUUCUGUGUUUUUGUCACGCAGUCAGCAGCAGUGACUACUCUCUGCUGGUCAGUUUCAUGAAUGUAUUCGUUUUAAAUGAGCGUCACUUGUCAACUCGUCCUGUCUCUAAUGUAAAUCACAACAACUUCCUGGUUCGGUUGGAACGAACUCACGCUCAUGGGCUUUUCUGCUAAAAACACUCUGGUGCUCUUUUGUUCUCUGGUUUGUUUUGGAUCAACACCGCAGGCGCAGGAUGAAGUCUCCAGAACGUACGUCAAGGAGGGGGAAGACGCCGUCCUUCACUGCUCUUCUGAAAACAGGCAGAGCCUGGAAUACUCAGUGGUACAGUGGCAGAAUAAAGACAGUAAUGACGUGUUCCUCUACGAGCGUGGAUAUAACUCUGAGGAUGACACUUCUGAGCAGUACAGAGGACGAGUGUCACUCUUCCACGACGAGCUGAAGAAUGGAAACGCGUCCAUGAUCCUCAGAGACACGAGGAUUGAAGACACGGGGACUUACACCUGCAGACUCUCAGUAGGGUCAGGACGGUCCGGGACGCAGCUCAUUGUCGGAGCCGCUCAGGCGCCAGACCUCAAGAUUGUGAACGUGACAGAGGCCGGCGUGGAGCUCCAGUGUGUGGUCAGAGGUUCUUCAUCAAAGCCGAGUGUAGAGUGGCAGACGUGUGAAGGAACCUCUCUUAAUUCAGAGGAGCCACUGGUCUCUGAGACACGAGGCCGUUACGACACCACGCUCCUCGUCACUGUGACGGAGACCAAGACCAACUGCUUCCGCUGCGUGGUCAAACAGGAGGACAUUUACCACAGGAUUGACACUAACAUCACUGUGUCAGAGAAACUCGGUACAGUUGUUCACGUGGCUUCAUGGGUUUCUGGAGUUGUCACAGUUACAGUGGUACUUCUGCUGGCUCUGGUUCUGUAUCUGAUCAUCAAAAAACGCAUAAGUCGACGGAACAUGAGGAGAGAAACAGAGAUGAUGAUGAUGAAGAACUUCAACACCUCAGAACAAAACACUCAGUAUGAGAGAAUUGACACCAAGGACAUGAUGAAUGGAUCAGUGAAGGAAGAGGAGACAAGACAGAACAACAGCUCAGGGAGUCCUGGUCAGGACGAGCCAUAAAACGCCUGAGAAAGAAGGAGAAAAACAGUUUUACCCAAUUCAGAGUUCAUUCUGGGAGCUUUUCAAACAAGUCGAGCGGUAGACGUGGUGCUGUAGGACAAGAGGCUAGAAACAUAAAUAGGUUAGUUUGAGGCCUUGUACGUAAUAAUCAGCAUAUGCAUUUCCCUCCUGUGGAUAAGAGACAACCAACCUACAGAGAAGAGAUGAAUGUAAAAGCCAUUCACCUUCAUAUGCCUAGAUAUUUGUAGGAGGUGACUCUUUUCUAUACGUGAGCUGUCCAGUGUUAAAAACUUUUUCUUGAAUUCAAAGUUUUAAAAGCCACGUGUGUCCAAAUGUAGUUUAGCUGGAGCUAAUCCAUGGCCCAAGUCAUUUAUAAAGUGUAUUUUAUUGUGUUAUCGUAUGUAUUUUUUUACUACCUAACAUUUAUUUCCAUGUGUAAUCAUACAAAGAACAAAUAUACAACAAUCACAUAGCACAUGAUUUCGCUCCA